AGGUCAGUGGACCAAAAUACCCGUGAAUAGAAAUUAUAGAAUGGGUGGAGCUGAGGCGGGCUGGCUAGUGCAUUAAAACACAAACCACAGCCAUACGUUAAGAUUGAGAGGCUAUCAAUAAUCUCAUCCUAUCCUCGUCCCGUCCCGGCUUACCUAUACCUACUUACCCUCCUGCUCAGCCUCUCUUUCCUUUCCUUACAGUCUAUCUCUCCUUCAUUUCGUCGGAGUCAUCUCUCUCUCUCUCUCUCUCUCUCUCUCUCUCUUACUAAAACACCAAAAUAAUUAGUACGCAUAUUUGCCCCCUGGCUGCGCGCACCUCCAUUUCCCAGCAAUUACAGGAGCCUGCAGGCAGCUAGCCGCUUUGGCCGCCCCCUCGCUAGCUCCGCUACCACGAAGGUGCGUACAAUAUUCACUGCAGAUAGCUUGCAAGCAUGGCAGCUGUUUCCGCAACUCUCUGUGUCGCAAAUCACCCUUCGUCUCUUCAGGUCACCAACUGUACCAAGGGGUUCUCUGAAUUUGCUGGACUACGCAAUUCAUCAUCUUUUUAUUUUCCCUUUGCUCGAAAAACCUCUGAAGAUUUCUUCUCCGUCAUUGCUUUCCAAACCUCCGCUGUCGGGGGGAAAAGGGAUGACAGCAAGUACAAGAGGUGGGGAGUGGUGGAGGCGAAGUUGAAGGUGGCAAUCAACGGGUUUGGGAGAAUCGGAAGGAACUUCUUGAGGUGUUGGCACGGGAGAAAAGACUCCCCUCUCGAUGUCAUCGCCAUCAACGACACCGGUGGCGUCAAGCAGGCCUCCCACCUCCUCAAGUACGACUCCACCCUCGGUAUCUUCGACGCAGACGUCAAGCCCGCCGGCGACAACGCCAUAUCUGUCGACGGAAAGAUUCUCAAGGUCGUCUCCGAUCGCAACCCUAGCAAUCUCCCGUGGAAGGAAAUGGGGAUAGAUCUAGUGAUAGAAGGAACGGGGGUGUUCGUGGAUAAGGCGGGAGCAGGGAAGCACAUAGAGGCAGGGGCGAAGAAAGUGCUGAUAACAGCACCAGGGAAGGGUGACAUUCCCACCUAUGUGGUUGGGGUUAACGCAGACGCUUACAACCCGGAAGAGCCUAUUAUCAGCAACGCCUCUUGUACCACCAACUGCCUUGCCCCUUUCGUUAAGGUCCUCGACCAGAAAUUCGGCAUCAUAAAGGGUACUAUGACCACCACCCACUCAUACACCGGGGACCAGAGGCUUCUUGAUGCAAGCCACCGGGAUCUUCGGCGAGCAAGAGCUGCGGCUCUCAACAUUGUCCCAACUUCAACGGGAGCUGCAAAGGCAGUGGCUCUUGUCCUUCCUACCCUUAAAGGGAAACUCAAUGGCAUUGCUCUCCGAGUGCCCACACCUAAUGUCUCAGUUGUGGACCUGGUUGUUCAGGUUUCAAAGAAAACAUUUGCAGAAGAGGUGAAUGAAGCUUUCAGGGAGCGUGCUAAGAAGGAGCUCAAGGGCAUUCUGUCCGUGUGUGAUGAGCCACUUGUUUCGGUGGACUUUAGAUGCUCUGAUGUGUCCUCAACGGUGGACUCAUCAUUGACCAUGGUUAUGGGAGAUGACAUGGUAAAGGUGAUUGCUUGGUAUGACAACGAGUGGGGUUACUCACAGAGGGUGGUUGAUCUGGCCCACAUCGUUGCCAACAAGUGGAAGUGAAUAUAAAUUGCUCCCUUUGUAAUUCUUUUUGUCCUUGUUUGUGUUUCUAAUUUGGCAAUACCCGACAAAAAAAAAAAAAUUGUAAUGUGAAAUUUUCCCUCUUUUUACAUUUUGAGUUUUUGAAUCUUCGCUUUCUAAACUGCAUGUAACUAAGAUGACAUUUGUGAGAUGGCUGCAAUAAAGCUAGAAAGUACACGGGUGCAAA